AGAGAAGCUCAUGAAUGUGUCCUUCUGUAAACAGCUCCAUCAUCACAGAAGCAAUGGACGCUCUGACAUUCUGAGUGACAGAUUAUCUGUGUGGUGAGCGCCCCCUGCUGAAGGCUGAGUGGCAUGAGCGCGUGCGGGAGGAAGGCCCUGACCCUGCUCAGCAGUGUGUUUGCGGUAUGCAGUCUGGGGCUGCUGGGUAUCGCCGUCAGCACUGACUACUGGCUCUACCUGGAGGAGGGCGUCAUCCUGCCUCUCAACCAGAGUGCUGACAUACGCAUGUCCAUCCACUCCGGCCUCUGGAGAGUCUGUUUUCUGGCAGGUGAGGAGAGGGGUCGCUGCUUCACGAUCGAGUAUGUGAUGCCCAUGAGCGUUCAGCUGACCAGUGAGUCUACUGUCAGUGUUCUGAGUAAUAUUUCCUUCAGGAAAUGUUUUCUUCUCUCUGUUCAGAGCGCAGGUGUGAUGUCUGUCUACCUGUUCAUGAAGCGUUACACAGCGGAGGAAAUCUACCAGCCCCACCCCAGCUUCUACCGGCCGCGCCUGAGCAACUGCUCCGAUUACUCGGGUCAGUUCCUUCAGCCCAACGCCUGGACGCGGGGACGCAGCCCGUCAGACAUCUCCAGCGACACCUCGCUCCAGAUGAACGCCAGCUACCCUGCCCUGCUCAAGUGCCCUGACUACGCCCAGGUGUCUUCCUCUCCCUGCUGAAGCACAGGAAAUGAGUUCAGUGUUCAUCAGAACUGAGUUUUAAACAUAUAUGUGUGUCUUUGCCUUAUGAUAGGGAACAGACUGAUAGAAUGUAGGAUUGUAAUUUUCCUGUUCUGUAGUGAGCUUGAACUGAUGACUUUGUUCCAACAGGUGGCAGUAUAGUAUUCUUCUCUGGAGUGAUUCACACACUAAGAUGUAUAAUCAUUGAAGUUUAAUGUACAACUGAGUGUCGAUCCAUGUAAAUAUGUAUGGUGCUUAUACAAAUAUGAAUUGUAGCCGUUAUGGAACACUAGCCUUCAACUAGAUCAAUAUGCUUUCAAGAAUAGCCUAAAUGUAUUUGUAAUGUGUAUUAUAUAUGUAUUGUGAUUAUAAUAUCUAUUCGUAUCAAAUUGUAUUCUUAUAGAGGUUGUUCUGACAAAAUUAUUAGUAAAUAAGUGCAGAAAUUGUCUUUAUCUAUAGAACAAAAUGAACAUGCAAUUUACAUAUAAUGGAUCAAAUACAACGGAACAAAUGUACCAUGAAUCUCACUAAUAUCGUGCACAGCUGAAAUGAAACGCAUCAAAAGUAGAACAACUGUAAAAAUUAAACUGCCAAUCUUUUAAAUAUUUGUGAUGAGAUUGUAAUAAUAUAUAGUUGUCCACAGCUUACUUAAAUUCAUUUCUUUUCUGCCAUUAAUAUAAAAUGGACCAAACUGAAACAGUUCUUUGUAGACAUUCAACAUUUAUUUGGUUCAUCCAUGUUUGAUAAA